GUUGGUUGUACUGCGACCAAGUACAACAAUGGUGUAGGCAUAGACCCCAUACGGGCGAAAACUCGGCAGCUGCUCCUGGCAACACAACGUGAAGCAAAAACAGAUCCCUCCAGGACAGCACAGGAUAGAGCUGGCGCACAAGACUUCAAGGUGUGAAGUGGAUUAUACGUGUGGUCUUUGUGCUGUGAUCCCACCCGACCGGGAGCGGCAGCAGAUGUGAGAGAAACAUCCACCCUGGGCAGCCUUGUGAGACGGCUGACUGCUCGCUAUGAAGGGUCCCGCCAUUGCAGCAUGUGUCUUCUGUUUCUUCAUGGCAGCAGCAUAUUCCUUGAAGUGCGUUUUUUAUCGUGAGCCAAUUUACCAAGAACACUUCGAUGAAAAUGCUGGUAACGCUAGAAACUGCUCAUCAGAGUUUGAUGUUUGCUUAACCAUAAUAUACGUCUUGGAACAAAGAAGUGAAAAUAGACAGAAUGGAUUUCAGUGCAUUCGAGCAUGCGGAAAAUCAACGGAAUGUGACUUGAAGGAAAGCCUGACUACUCCCACCUAUCGUGUAAGAUUCAGAACUUCCUGCUGCACCACAGACUCCUGCCUGCCUAAUCUUCCUGUAUUACCGGUGAAAAAUGACAUAAAGAAUGGCGUGCUCUGUCCAGCCUGCUAUUCCAACAAAGAGAACCUAUGCGUCCCGAAGAGAUCAAUGGAGUGUACAGGAGAUGAAACCCACUGCAUUUAUUAUAAUGAAACAUUGCUCAAAGCACAUAACCUGCACUCAUAUGGUUGCGGCUCCAAAAACAUCUUUAAAGACAAAGGAAGAAUUGUUGAUUUAUUUAGUGUUUUCUCAAAAAUUACAAUCUCUGAGGUAACACCAAUUCAGGGAUUAAAGCCGGGUAACUUUUUGUGGUGCCAUUUUUGCCAUGAGAUUAAUUCUGCCAGUUGUUCAAAACAUCGGGCUUUGUGUGACCCAGAUGAAGAGGUUUGUGUUUCUGAAAGAAGAAGGAUCACUGACGAAAACACCCGAAGACUUACAAUGCAAAUAAGGAAACAGUGCGGGAAAUAUGAUGACUGUCAAUUUAAUGGCAUCAUAUCCAAUAGAGAAAAGAUUUUGACCAUCAAAACAUCUUGCUGUGAUACGGACUUGUGCAUAACAGCAGAGCCCUUGUGGUCCCUAAAAAGAUCAAAGGACAAUGGCAGAACAUGUCCAAGCUGCUUUCCUUCAAAUAAUACAAGCUGUCGCCCUACAGAUAUUAUCAAGUGUAAUGGGGAUCAAACUCACUGCAUUCACUAUUCAUCAACGAUGACCAAAGAUGGCUCUGUAUUAUUGGAGGAAUAUAAUGGAUGUUCUUCUGCUGGGAUCUGUGAACAUGCAACCAUUAAGCCUUUUGAACUGCCUCAACAUAAGAUAACCACUGAAAUUAUAUGUAGCGGAGGAAUACGGAUUAUUCAUCAACUUCUCAGUUUAGUCAUCUCAAAAUGUGCAGCAUGGAGUCUGUUAAAGCUCUCAUAGAUUUCUGGCAUCGACACUGGGACAGUAAAAUUACGUUGUUUUUUUUAGGUCGGCCACAGAAGCAAUUUAAAGGGGUAUUCCAGGAAAAA